GAAAUGUUCUGGACUCUCGGCUGAAACAGAGGAGAAUUUUAUUUGGAAAAUGGCUCAUAGCCUUUCAUCUCUCCCAGAUGAGCUCUGUUGCUCUAUUUGCAUUGAGAUCUUCAAGGAGCCUGUUAUCCUGAAGUGCAACCACAGCUUUUGUGGAUCCUGUCUGCAGGACUGCUGGAAAAACAAGAGUUCUCGGGAGUGUCCAGAAUGCAAGCAGAAGUGUUCCAAGGACGAACCUAUAUUAAACCAGAGGUUGAAAGAGGUUGCAGACCUCUUCUUACAGAAAAAUGAUCAAUCUGAAAUUCAAAAUGAAUCUUUCUGCAGUCUCCAUGUAGAGAAGUUUCUUUCGUUCUGUGAGGAGGACCAGGAUGUCAUCUGUUUGGUGUGUGUGAAUUCAAUAAAACACAGAGACCACCAUCACAGUCCAGUGGAAAAGGCUUUACAGAACAAGAAGGAGGAACUGAAGGCUGUACUGAAUCCAAUAAAAGAACAUGUGAAAAAGCUGACUGAAGCUAGAAAGGAAUAUGACGAAACAAUCUCACAUAUCAAGAUUCAAGCUCGGGACACAGAGAAGCAGAUCAAGGAGGAGUAUGAGAGAAUCUACCAGUUCUUACGAGAUGAAGAGAGGUCCAGGCUGAUUGCAUUGAGGAAGGAAGAGGAGGAGAACACUCGAAGGGUGAUGGAAAUGAUGGACAACAUCUCCAAACACAUUUCCACCCUGUCAGGCAAAAUAGAAUCGACUGAGAGGAGACUGAUGCGGGAUGACAUAACUUUUUUAAAGACGUACAAGGAUACAAAGGAAAGACUUGAUUUCAAGUUGCAAGAUCCAGAGCUGCUGUCAGGGGUUCCGAUAGAUGCGAACAAACAUCUGGAACCUCAGAAAUUAAGAGGGAACAAGAUUAUGGAACACAUACUCUCUCUGCCGGACCUAACCACAGCAUUAAACACUGGAGACGAACCGCAGCCUUCUGACAACACAGAGACGCCUGGUCAUUUGGGAUUUGUUUUGGCCUCCGAGGGGUUUACCUCUGGAAAACACAGCUGGGAGGUGGAGGUGGGGGACAGUCCUUCCUGGGCUGUAGGGGUGUUGGAAGAGCCCAUAAACAAGAAGAGGAAGAUCACUUUCAGACCAGACAGCGGUUUCUGGGCAUUAAUGUUGAAGAAUGGAGAGUAUAAAGCUGGAUACACCAGACUUGAGGUCAAGAAGAAACCUGAGAAGAUCAGAGUAGAGCUGGAUUAUGACAACAGACAGGUGUCCUUCUUCAACUCCACUGACAAGUCAUGCAUCAUCAGUUUAGAAAACAAAUGCAGUGAGAAACUCUUUCCAUUUGUCUGUCCUUGGAUAACUGGUACUGAACAAAACCACGAAGGCCUGCAGAUCUCCAUAUUAAAGGUAAAAUUUCUGACUGAAAAAAUCUCGAGCUUUUUCAGCAUACCUGGGCCAAAGUUGCCCAGCAUCAACACCACCUCAAAACCAGCUCCAGGGCAAAAUAUUUUCAACUUCUCCAGCAUCAACACUGUCCCAAAACCAACUCCUCCAAUUAAAGUCCACAUAGCGGUCAGUGGCCCCGCCCUGAACUUGCACCAGACAUUCAUGAAAAAGCUGCACAUGUCUCUGGAGGAGUGCAGCCUGGAGAACUGCAGUGUGAUCCUGGUCUUCUGUCCCGUCGUCACUCGGAUGGGGACGGACAUGGACGCAGGUGUGAAAAAUGUUCCAGAUGACAAACCCGUCAUUCUGGUGCUCAUGCACCACAGUUACAACCCAGACCACGUUGAUGACAUUCCGAUCACACCACCCAGGAGCAACAUGGUGAAAGUGGUCCAGUGUGUUUUCCAUGAGACAGUUGGACUUCUGGAGUGUGAAUUGAAUGAACGAACAGUGAGAGCAGUGAGAGCUGAGUUGCAACAAUUCCAGACAAACACUGUAGUGGCCGGAGAUGUAGGAGUACUCUCUCUGCCGGACCUAACCACAGCAUUAAACACUGGAGACGAACAGCAGCCUUCUGACAACACAGAGACACCUGGUCAUUUGGGAUUUGUUUUGGCCUCCGAGGGGUUUACCUCUGGAAAACACAGCUGGGAGGUGGAGGUGGGGGACAGUCCUUCCUGGGCUGUAGGGGUGUUGGAAGAGCCCAUAAACAAGGAGAGGAAGAUCACUUUCAGACCAGACAGCGGUUUCUGGGCGUUAAUGUUGAAGAAUGGAGAGUAUCAAGCUGGAUACAGCAGGCUUGAGGUCAAGAAGAAACCUGAGAAGAUCGGAGUAGAGCUGGAUUAUGACAACAGACAGGUGUCCUUCUUCAACUCCACUGACAAGUCAUGCAUCAUCAGUUUAGAAAACAAAUGCAGUGAGAAACUCUUUCCAUUUGUCUGUCCUUGGAUAACUGGUACUGAACAAAACCACGAAGGCCUGCAGAUCUCCAUAUUAAAGGUAAAAUUUCUGACUGAAAAAAUCUGGAGCUUUCUCAACAUACCUUGGCCAAAGUGGCCCAGCAUCAACACCACCUCAAAACCAGCUCCAGUUAAAGUCCACAUAGCGGUCAGUGGCCCCGCCCUGAACUCGCACCAGACAUUCAUGAAAAAGCUGGACAUGUCUCUGGAGGAGUGCAGCCUGGAGAACUGCAGUGUGAUCCUGAUCUUCUGUCCCGUUGUCACUCGGAUGGGGACGGACAUGGACGCAGGUGUGAAAAAUGUUCCAGAUGACAAACCCGUCAUUCUGGUGAUCAUGCACCACAGUUACAACCCAGACUACACUGAUGACAUUCCGAUCACAGCACCCAGGAGCAACGUGGUGAAAGUGGUCCAGUGUGUUUUCCAUGAGACAGUUGGACUUCUGGAGUGUGAAUUGAAUGAACGAACAGUGAGAGCAGUGAGAGCUGAGUUGCAACAAUUCCAGACAAACACUGUAGUGGCCGGAGAUGUAGGAGGACUCUCUCUGCCGGACCUAACCACAGCACUAAACACUGGAGACAAACAGCAGCCUUCUGACAACACAGAGACGCCUGGUCAUUUGGGAUUUGUUUUGGCCUCCGAGGGGUUUACCUCUGGAAAACACAGCUGGGAGGUGGAGGUGGGGGACAGUCCUUCCUGGGCUGUAGGGGUGUUGGAAGAGCCCAUAAACAAGGAGAGGAAGAUCACUUUCAGACCAGACAGCGGUUUCUGGGCGUUAAUGUUGAAGAAUGGAGAGUAUCAAGCUGGAUACAGCAGGCUUGAGGUCAAGAAGAAACCUGAGAAGAUCGGAGUAGAGCUGGAUUAUGACAACAGACAGGUGUCCUUCUUCAACUCCACUGACAAGUCAUGCAUCAUCAGUUUAGAAAACAAAUGCAGUGAGAAACUCUUUCCAUUUGUCUGUCCUUGGAUAACUGGUACUGAACAAAACCACGAAGGCCUGCAGAUCUCCAUAUUAAAGGUAAAAUUUCUGACUGAAAAAAUCUGGAGCUUUUUCAGCAUACCUUGGCCAAAGUUGCCCAGCAUCAACACCACCUCGAAACCAGCUCCAGGGCAAAAUAUUUUCAACUUCUCCAGCAUCAACACUGUCCCAAAACCAACUCCUCCAAUUAAAGUCCACAUAGCGGUCAGUGGCCCCGCCCUGAACUCGCACCAGACAUUCAUGAAAAAGCUGGACAUGUCUCUGGAGGAGUGCAGCCUGGAGAACUGCAGUGUGAUCCUGGUCUUCUGUCCCGUCGUCACUCAGAUGUGGACGGACAUGGACACAGGUGUGAAAAAUGUUCCAGAUGACAAACCCAUCAUUCUGGUGCUCCUGCACUACAGUUACAACCCAGACCACAUUGAUGACAUUCCGAUCACACCACCCAGGAGCAACGUGGUGAAAGUGGUCCAGUGUGUUUUCCAUGAGACAGUUGGACUUCUGGAGUGUGAACUGAAUGAACGAGCAGUGAGAGCAGUGAGAGCUGAGUUGAAACGCUUGCAGACAGCCAGUGUAGUGGCCAGACAUGUAGGAGGUACUUUGGCACCACCACCUAGUCAAACACACCCUUAAAUAAAAUGAAGUGGCUCCAUUAUAUUUAUUCAUUUAGCUGAUGCUUCACUCCAGAGCAACUUCCAAUCAACAUUGUGUAGUUUCAUCCCACAUCUGUUCCCUCAAAGUGACUUAUAAUGCUAGAUAUACUACUCACAAUGAGUCACUCAUUUAUG